GACAGCUUUUAUUAAAUAUUUUGAGAACAGUAUGCAUAGAUUUUCCUCACAAUAAAUUUCCGUGUUGAAAGGAGGAAACCGAGGGUUUUCUUACUUUCAUAAAGGCGAUCGUUGUAGUCGGCACACAUUGCUGCAAAGAAAGGAAUUGCAUUGAUUACUGCUAGCAACGUGUGUUAUAUCGUUCGCCAAAAUUCAGAGCCAUUUGUGUCUGCAUGUGUGUGUAAAAUAAAUUUAAAUCGGUCAGGAGGCGGGGGAGCACCAGCAGUGAUAGUCAGCAGCUGUUAAAAUGCCAGGCAAAGUCGGUGUAAAAAUUAAAGCUGGGCGCAAUUUGCCCGUAAUGGAUAGAAGUAGUGACACCACCGAUGCAUAUGUGGAAAUAAAAUUGGGCAAUGUUACACAUAAAACGGAUGUCUGCCGUAAAAGUUUAAAUCCACAGUGGAAUACUGAUUGGUUUCGCUUCGAAGUGGACGAUGCAGAAUUACAAGACGAACCGUUGCAGAUACGUUUGAUGGAUUAUGACACAUACUCAGCAAACGAUGCCAUAGGAAAAGUGAAUAUAAGUUUAAAUUCGUUAUGCUUGGAAAUGUCUGGACCAACAACCCACGGAAAGGGUACUGUACUAUCUGGUUGGAUACCAGUUUUCGAUACCAUGCAUGGCAUACGCGGCGAAGUUAAUGUGAUAGUCAAAGUAGAUUUAUUUUCGGAUUUAAACAAAUUUCGACAGAGUUCAUGCGGUAUACCGUUCUUUCACUCACAAUGUAUACCUUAUGGUUAUCGCGCACAGAUGAUACAUGGUUUUGUCGAGGAACUGGUAGUUAACGAUGAUCCUGAAUAUCAAUGGAUAGAUAAAAUACGUACGCCGCGCGCUUCCAAUGAGGCAAGACAAGUGGUGUUUCUGAAAUUAUCGGGACAGGUGCAACGAAAAAUGGGUCUAAAGGCUAUUAAUAUGGGUGCAAAUGCCGUUAUUGGCUAUACGCAAUGUUUCGACUUGGAGGGCGAUGUAGGUGUGGUGGCGCGUGGAAUUGGCACUGCAGUGACCUUGAUCAAAGAUACAAGCAGCAGCCAACCAGCGGCAGGCACAGCUGAUAAUGCGCUAAUUGAAGAGCGUACGAUGAAGUACAUAGAAUUUCUAACAGGUUCGCACAUCAAUCUGGCCGAACAACCGCCACCUUGUGAACUGCAAAUACGCAAAUCACGCUCAUCGACACUCUUCGAUCUGCAGCACGCCAAUACGGGCGCAAUGGAAGAUAAUGAAAUUAUGCACGAUCUAAUGCGACAAGAGGAUGAGCGCGGUGAAAAGCCGGCGAAAAAGUUACGCCAUCAUAUGAAACGAUUCACACACUCCUCACGAAAUAUACUCAACGAAAAGUAUAAUGCAUUCAUGCGUAAAUUCGGUGAGAGCGUCGAGUCCAAGUCGCCGAGCAGCACUUCACGUUCGUUAAGCAGCCUCUGCGCCAGCGGCGGUCUGAUAAAAGAUGACGCCAUUGCCUCAGGUUCAUCGAGUCGCAGUUCUACUGGCACCGCGUAUGAUCUGCGCCGGCGUCCCAGUUUCAAGGCUAAACAUAAAAUGUUUGGCGUUGCUGUUGGCGGUGUCACAGCCAAGCCAGCGUUCUUGCAACGUCAAUCGACGGUGAAGCGUAGUAGUGGCAGCGGUAGUACAGGUGGUAGCGCAGCUGCCAAUCCACAUGCCAUUUUGCGCUCGGUGAGUGCCGAAUAUAAUGCAGCGAACAAGACAGGCUCACCGGCUAUCGCGUCGAUAUCGGAGUAUUCGGAUAGUACACGCUCCUCACCUAACAUUUGCAGUGAUGGUCACGAUGAUAACGAUGAUUACGAUGAAGAGCAGUUAACAGCAAUGCUUGAGCUGCAACGCGCACAUGGCAAACAAACACAAUUAAACUAUUGUCAUAAAAAUUACGAUUAUAAAACACCAUCGCUGGCGAGUGGUAGCUGUGAUCGUAGCGAUAGUAGCAGCUGUGUGGAUGUGUUGGCUGCUAUUGGUGGCUAUCAUCCAUUUGGUGAAUUCUCGCAACACGAGCCGCAUCAGCUACAGCUGGACGUACACGAUACAGUCACGAUUCGUUCAGGCUCGCCGAAUACGUUUUCGCUAAGCAAUUCAGACAGUUCUGGUUCGGAGGCAGAGUUGGCGCGUGAAUUGGCGCGCGGCGAGGCGGAGGAACGUAUCAAAAUGCAGAAAUAUUUGAAGAUAUGCAAGGAUACCGAAAAAGUUGAUGCCAAGUGGAUACAGCCGAGCGAUUUGGAGGGUUUCGAUGACAGUUUAACCGAUUUGACACCACGGCGCUCAUUGCUGCGCGACCUGAAGACAUUGUCGCAACAUGUGCAGGAUUUUAUACAUUCAAAGCCAAAGAAAGUGGAAAAAUCACCAACGCCAUCGCCACAACAACAACGUCGCGCUGCAGCGCCAUCUCAGGAAAAAAAUACUUUGCUCCUACAACCGCCAUCAGAGGCGAGUAAAGCAUAUUAUUCCUCACAACCGGAGAUUUGUCUAAAUUGGGAAGGCGAUAUGUGCGCACCACCACCAACCACACACAUUUCCCAUUCACGUUCGCUUAUCAAUCUUAGACGCAGCGACGCCAAUUCGCCAACAACAACAUAUAACAAUGCUAAUGCGCCAGAGCUUGACUUAACCACCACAAAAGAUGAUAUGUACGCUACUAAUGCCUAUGGUUAUGGUUACGUUUCGGAUUCAGAUUCCAGCUCGGCUUAUCUGCCAGUCACCGUUAAAACAUUCGCUAGUAAUGCCAAAUGUCCUGUAUUUAAAAUUUGUCCCUCCACCCCCUCACCUUCGGAGACAGAUUUGAAGAUACCUUUUAUAGAAGAUGAUGCCUCGACUGUGGUGGAUGACAGCGCCUCUGAAAGCACCGAAAUACCCACACCGAUUUUAGGCAACAGUACACUUAGCAUAGCUACCGUUAGCGCUGCAGCGCCGCUAGACGUUAUGGAUGUUAUUGCUAAUUCCCCUGUAAAUAGCAGAAAGUACGUAGUAGGCAAUACAUCCAAUAGUAGUAUUAGUAGUCCACAGCGUUCUCCUAGUACUCCUAGUGUUCCCAAUCCAUAUUAUUCAAAUGCAAUUAAAAAGUCUACUAAUCAUAAUAGUAAUAAUAUUGUAAAUUCACACUUGCUUGCACCACCGCCAUUGCCAUUGCCAUUACCAUUGCCGUCAUCGCCCACGCUAUCAUCAUCGCGCUCGCUAUCGUCAACGCAAUUGUUCGUAAACGCGCCCGUGCCUACCUCAUCGCCAUGUACACCGCUACUUUGCACCAAAAAUCGUCAACAUCGUACGCUCGAACAUCAAUCGCUACAUCAUAGGUCAUUGAAUGAAGUGAACGCCGCAGCAGUAGCUUCCAGCAAUGCCUUUGUGGCAGCAGCAGCCGCCGCGUCGUCCGGCAUCACAGACAGUCCCAGUUUGAAACGUUUCGCAUCACCAGCACAGGCUGCUAUAGUGGCAGCAGCUGCCGCCAUGCCCAGCGCCAAUACAAUAGCCAGUGCGCCGUUGUCAGCAUCACUUGUACCGGGGCCCAGCAGUAACGGUGGACGUGCCAAACUCACCGCAAGUCCGUCGAAGUUGGCACUGAAUUCAGUAGGCGCGACAGGCGCAAGCAAUACAACAACAACUGCGGGCACUGCACUUAACACGAGUAUUUCAUCAACGGCUUCGACCACAGAUGGUGGCGCAACAAACUCAAUACCAGCGCCGUCGAAGGAUACGAUGCCGACGGAAAUGUGUCGCCGCUCAUCCGACUCCGACUUGAGCAUAACGCCAAAAGGAAACUCAUUGUGUGUGGCCAGUGAACGUCUGGUAGCCGCUACAGCGUUGAUGCGUCUCAAUCAACCGUUAGGCGCUAAAAAUACCAACACCGAUGGCAUGGAUGGCCUGUUGGAAUAUCCCUUCCUAACCAUGACAAAAUAUCCUCCCGGUUUCAUAUUGCAUCUGGGUGCGACUGUAGCUGCGCGUUCGGUGAAAUUAUUGGAACGUGUUCCCAAUCCCGAUGAGCCGGAGGUGCGAGACUCGUGGUGGACCGAAUUGCGUAUGGAAAUACGUUCGCAUGCGCGUGCGCUGGGUUGCAAUGUGGUGCUGGGUUACUCCGAAGCGACGACCAUUUCUGACGAUGUUUGCGUGCUCUCUGCAACGGGCACAGCGGCCGUUAUUAAUAUGGCCUACAAUCGCUCCGUAUCCCAAACUGAUAUACUCAACGCAGCGGUAAAGCCGGUCGGCAUUGGUUUCGGCAUAGGCAGUACAGGUGGCACAAUGUCAGCAUCGCUCGAAGAACGCGAAACGCUCAAAGAUAUGCGUAACGGCAUUGCAAACGAAACAAUUUUAUCGCAUACGAAAGAUACAACGAUAUCCUCAUCACUUGGUACUACAAUACACAAUUCAGCGGGUAAGAAAAAUGGGAUACCGGCCAGCAUGGGUGUCGUGAAAAGUUCCGCGUGUAGCGUCUGUCAUGUACCGUACAAUUUGGCGUCAGUGCCGUUCAAUGUGAAAAUGAAGAAAUGCGCCAUUUGUCGGAAAGGACGCGUGCCAGAUGUGUUAUUAGCGACACUCGAGGUGCCGGAACGUCUGCAUGUCACCGGGCGUGGGUGUUUCAUGCAAGCACAAGUGGUACGCGCUAAAAAAGACUUACGUUCAGAGCUAAAUGCUAAAGAGAUAUCGGAUGGUUUACCAUUUCUAGAAUACGAAUUACAUCGUGUGCUAAUCAAUAAGUUGAAGGCAAAGGGUAUGAAUGCCAUAUUCGGUUUGAGAGCACAAGUAGCCAUCGGUGAGCGAAUGAUUGCGCUCAUAGCGACGGGCACAGCACUUUUUCUGAGUGCUUUGCCAGUGCCACAGGUGCCGAAAAUAGUGGCUGGCAAUUCGUGGACGGACAAGCAGAAAUUGAAUGAAUUGCAAAAGAAAUUGCAGGAAACCUUCGAACGCAAUCAGGAAGUUUAUCAGCUCAAAUGUAUUGAUCCGGAUGUAAUAGGCGGCGGUGUGGCAACGCUCGACAAACAAUCCGAUACCGAUGAGUCGGAUGAUGAAGUAAUCGAAAUCGAUUUGAAUUGUGGCAAUAAGGAUACCUGUGUGCUGGAAGUAGACGACAUUGAAGAUUUGGAAAUUAUUUCUUUGCUCAUGGAAACAUAUCCGCCAGAAGGUUUCCACGUUGUCAACACACAAAGUGUGCCCGGUAUACUGGAAAUGGAGGCGGUAAAAAAUCUGCAGAUGUUCACACAAGUAUGGCGCGCCAAAUUGGAUGUCAACCAAAAUAUUAAUGGAUUCCCCAAACACUUUCAGCGGAUUUUACAGACCAUUUACUUUAAACUGCGCACAAUGAUACCCUGUGCCAUUUGCGAUCUGAGAUUCCGACUCGAUCUGCCCGAGAGUGAUCAGAUACAGCUGCUGGUCACUGGCAUGGCACUCGGUUUGGAUGAUGCAAAUAAAUUUAAAUAUCGUCGCAAAGCGGCCGUAACUAGUUUUACGAAUGGCACAGUAACCGAAGCGCCCGAUGCGAAUGGUUUGAGUGCAGGGAAUAAGCGUACGCUACAGGAGGAGGAUUACAUUUUCCCGCUAGACGAAGAUCAAAUGGUGGAGACGCCAACACCGACUUCAAAUCUUCCGCCUUACGGUUUGAAUAGUUUUAAAUUGGCGAAAACUUCUCCAUCACGACAGCAUAGCAAGAAAGGCACUCUUAUUAACCGCAACAAUUACUUCCCAUUACGCGAUCGCUAUGGCGUUGAUAUUACACCACUUAGUUUUGUGCCAGGCGGUCGCAUUGACAAAUAUCUCGGUAAUUUGAACUUCUUUUUUAUACGUGAAACGACUUCGAUACGAGAGAAUGGCGGCAUUAGCGGUUUUGUGCAUUCGUUUAUAACGGAGUUGCUGGCGGUGGUUCGUGCCCACAUAUCAGCACUCGGUGGCAAUGCUAUGGUGUCAUUCUAUAUGAGUGAAUUGAUAUUAGUCGAUAACCAGCAUAAAAAUCAAGGACAAUGUUUGAUCAGUAUUGGUGGUGAUGCUGUCUACGUUUCCUAUCACACCGAUGACUGAUACACGCGCCUAAAAGGCAUAUAGCGCUUAUUUUUCACCAAUCGCCCAAAAAGCCUAUAUUAUUAGGCGAAAGAAUCGGAUUAGGCGGUGGAGAAAAUGAUGAAAGCUCAAUAGCAACAUAAAUACAUUUUAAAUGUUAUGAAAAUGCUAAUCAAAACAAACUAUAUAAAAUGCCAAAACUAUAUUUUUUUAUCCGAAUGCUUUAUGCAGGCUUAUCAAGAGUGUGCAUAUUAAUUUUUAAACUUUAGUUUACCCAACAUUUCUUUCAUUGUUUACAACGAAUUAUGAAACUUUGGUUUGCAGUAGGCAAAAGAAUUAAAAAAAUAAAUUAUUAGUGCGAUUUUAAAAGAAAACACAUUAAGUGCAAACAUUUAUAUAAAAACUUAAGCUUAAAAUAUAAUGCUCUGCAGUGGAAAUGCAUGCUCUCUCCAAAAAUUAAGUGAAAUUGUAAAUUAAUAAGAGAUAAAAUAAAAACUGUUGUGAAUUUG